GGUCAUCCACCCACACAUUUAUCUCAGUGCUAUGGGAUUGCUGUAACUUGCGGUAAACAUGGACAAACAUUUGGGUUGGACUGUUCUUCUGGUGCUGCUUCUCUGCCAUAUAGGCAACAGCGACUGGCUGACCGUUUUUCCUUACAAAUGCCAGUGCUUCACUCCGCUUCAAGUGCUGUGUGCUGAUGAGAGGAUGUCAACUUUACCCAGGAACAUGUCCAGACAGGUCAGGGAGGUUAUUAUAAUGACAUCCUCUGUGGAAUACCUUUUCUUCCACUCGCUAAUGGAGAGCCCACAGCUCACCAAGCUUGUUUUCUUAAACAACGCUUUGAGAAGUAUCCAUUUAAACACGUUUGAGCAUCUGACUGAGCUGCAGGAGCUGGAGCUCAGCGGGAAUCCCCUACUGGAUCAUUUCUUUCUGGGAACCUUUUCAAAGCAGGAGAAAUUAACUAAGCUGCUGCUCAACUAUAACAGUUUGAAAACGGUACCUCUUGGGAUGUUUGACUGCCUGAAACAACUGGAAGUUCUGCAGAUGAAGAGCAACAUCUUAUCAGAUCUGCCUCCAUUUCUUUUUCAGGACCUCAGCUCUCUACGCGUCCUGGAUAUCUCCCAUAAUAAACUUCAGGAAAUCACAAGAGUUACCUUCUCUGGUCUGGCUAGUCUGGAAAUUCUGAAGUUGAACAAUAAUCUAAUUCAUAACCUUAUGUUUGAUACGUUCCACAAUAUUUCACAGCUCACCGAGCUUAACUUAGAAUGGAACAGGAUAGAACACCUUGAUGAGGGCAUCUUCUCUGUUCUGACAAAUCUAAGUGUGCUAAACCUCCGUGGGAAUCUCCUGACGUCCUUCAGUGAUAAAGUGUUUGGAUCUGAGCCAACAAAUCUGAGGGAGCUAAAUCUGAAAGAUAACAGACUGACUGAGUUGUCCUCUCUGAGGAGUCUGAGCUCAGUGACAGACCUCAUAUUAUCAGCUAACCAGCUUUCCGGCCUCACAGAAAACCUGUUCAGAAAUCUAACAGCCCUGGAGAUACUGGACCUGUCUGACAAUCAGCUCACCUCUCUGCCUGAAGGGAUCUUUAAAGAUAUGUUGAGCAUCAGGGUGAUCAACCUCCACAAUAACAGCCUGACAAAGGUGGAUGCCAAACUGUUUGAUGGCCAGGUUCUUAUUGAGAGGCUCUACCUGUCAGACAACCAGCUGGAGAUUCUCCCACCUGGACUUUUGGACCAUUUUAUCUUCCAGCACACAGUCAGGCUUCAUGGAAACCCCUGGAGAUGUGACUGCCAGCUGUGGUACCUUCAUGACUGGCUGCUGCAGAACGGUCAGAAUGUGGAAAUGUUGGACAUGAUGGUCUGUGAGAGCCCGGACUUUUUGAGGAAACGAACUGUGGUUUCCAUCCACAGGAAUCAGUUGGUCUGUCUCCUGUCUGAUGACAUGGUGCCUGAUCUGAACUCCUGCAGCCUGCAAGUAUCUAACAGCACCAUGAUCAUCAUGUGCAAAGUGGAAAAAUGCUCUCCAACAAUGGUUAAAGUGCAGCUUCAAGAGGAAAACGGUGAAAUUAAGGAGCACAUUUUGAAAAAUGUGUCUGAAAAUUCUCAAUGUAGCAAUGAGACACUGCGAGAGAAAACUAUUGAUUAGUUUGUUCAGUGUGCGAAUUCUUUCUUCAUACCAGGGGUCAAUGAUGUUUCCUGACCGUUAGUCAGCACAGUAAACAAAUCUCUUACUCACCAUCUGAUAACCAGUAUGCUGAAAUGCUGCUUGAGAAGCUGGAGGUAACGUUUUUUUUUUUAAAAGUGCAAAGUUCAGCUUGUUAUUUUUAUUUAGAAUCUGUUAAUAAUUAAAAAGAACAAGUAAUGUUAAAAUGUGUUAUAAAUGAUGAGAACACGUUUUCUUGUCACUGCAAACUGAACAAGAUGGGAUUGCUUUGUUCCCCACAGAUUAAUCAAACAUAACAGACAGAAGCUCCACAUAAUUUUGCAAGCAGCAUUCCCAAAAAAAAGUUGUUGAUAAGAUCAAUAUCUGCUUCAUAUAAUUAGAGUUCAUACUUUGUAAAAACAAAAACGAGACAACAAAAAGCAUAAUAUUUUUCAUUUGCAGAAUCAAAUCCUGCAUUUAAAAUGUGGUUUUAAUUAGAAUAUCAUGUAAAAGAUUUAACAGUAAACUGUAAAGUAAAUGUGCAGGCAACAUGCAGCAGAAUAGGUUGUCAAUAUGUAAUGAUACAGUGAUUCAUUAUAUUUUAACCACAAUCAAUCUAUUUUACAGUGAUUUUAUGUCAUAUACCAACACAAAGUAGUGAAUAAUUGUGAAGUUAAAGGAAGAUUUUAUAAGGCUUUCAACAUUUUUCAAAAUUAAAAGUCAAUAAACUCUGCUGUGCAUAUGCAUUAAGCUGCCUUUAAUAUGAUACACCUAAAUAAAAUCCAGUGCAACCAACUGCUCUUAGACAUCA